UUACUCACUCCCCUCACACUCAAAACUCAAAUCGAAAAUCAAUUACACAACAACUUUGAUCAAUAAGUCCAAUGGAUCGGUCAACGGAAAUCGGGUUGGGAUCCAAAGCGGGAUCGGAGGAGACGUACUUGCUGGCCUCGACGCAACCAAAGAAGCGGGCGGGACGGAAGAAGUUCAAGGAGACGCGCCACCCAGUGUACCGUGGCGUGAGGCGGCGGGGCGGGGACAAGUGGGUGUGCGAGCUCCGGAACGGGAAGUCCCGGCUCUGGCUUGGUACCUACCCGGCCCCUGAGAUGGCUGCCCGGGCCCAUGAUGUGGCUGUCCUCGCCCUCCGCGGUCGCUCCGCCUGCCUCAACUUCGCCGACUCCGCGUGGCGGCUUCCCAUCCCGAGCUCAGCCUCUGAUGCCGAUAUCAGGGCGGCGGCCAUUGAGGCUGCAGAAGUGUUUCGGCAGGCUCGCCAGGAGGGAGCCUCCUCCUCCAGCAGUGGCCUGAAGCACGAGGAGGCGGUGUCGGACGCAGAGUCGAGCAGCGGCAGCGCUGAUUUGAGAGCCGAGGAGGACCGGCAUACGAUGGCCAAUGAGCGUUCACCGGAAAAUGGAGGAGCGGGAUGCCGCUAUUACUUGGAUGAGGAGGCCAUUUUCUCCUUGCCGGGGCUGCUGGUGGACAUGGCGGAGGGGCUAAUGGUGGCGCCGCCGCCGAUUGUGUUGGAGGAGAGUUCGAAUCACUGGGACGGUGACUCCUUGUAUGAUUCAGAUGUUUCAAUAUGGAAUCACUCCACUUGGUAGGAUCAAUUAAUAUAUCGGAUUAGGGAAAUUGGAAAUAAAUGUGGGCAAAGGAAAUCAAGAAUUGUGGUUAUUUAUGGUGUCGCAUAAAUUUUCCACCGAAAAAAAAGGCUGUUUCAUAGUCUGAGCCAUGAUUCAAUUGUAUUAUAGUGUGUGCCCAAGUACAUACUCGGGAAUCAUAUUUCGGAAUUAAAGAGCUCCUUUGUUAUUCUA